UAUGAAAAGAAGACAACAAUGAAAAGGCCACGUUUUCCGCCCAAAUAUGCAUAAAUUACAUUAAAUUAGAAAUUGUGGCUGUAAUGUUAAAAAAAAUGCAACAAGUAUGACAGAUCGACUUUUAUGGCCACAGUUUGACGUUUGUGAUUCUCGCGUACAAAACAGAGAGUGUUUUGAGAGAGAGAGUCAGUGAGUGAGUGAGAACAACAUUGAGUUGUCAUUUUUGUUAUGAGAGCAGAUUACUUUCAUUCGCCCCGCAGAGUAUUGAAGUUUGCUGACCAAAACGUAGUAGAAGGAAAAAAUCGUUAACCAAUAAGACGCAACAGAAAAUAAAAAUUAUAUUUUAAAGUAUUUUACACAAAAACACAAAGUUAAAAACCCUAUGAAAAUGUAAUUGCAGAUUUAGUUAAUGCAUAUAACACGUAAUCCGAACGUAUAAUAUCACAAAAAGUGCGGCUGCCACAACUACGACGUCGAAGACGUAAACGAAAAAAACUACAAAAUCACGGUCGAACAUCAUCACCAUCAACAUGUUUUGGGAUAAAAACGAUUCACCCUCACAAAAUAUUGAGGCAUUGCUGGAGAGGGAGAAUGCAACAGUGGAAGAGUUUUUGGAUGAAGACGAUAUUAUACAGGAAUGCAAAACGCAAAAGAAAAGCAUUGUCAACUACUUUACUCGCCCCGAUGUCAUUAAACGUAUGAUCGAAUUAAUAACAACAGAACCUCCAGAAGAUUUGCCUUUGGCUCAACGUUUUCGUCAUGCCAAUGUGGCGUGUGAAAUUUUAUUGCUCGGCCUACCGUCCUUAGAUGAGAAACUGAUCUCCGAAGAAGAGACAUUAAAAAUGCUAUAUUCAUAUCUGGAAAAUGAACCACCGUUAAAUCCCUUGCUAGCAUCGUUUUUUAGCAAGACAUUUAGCAUGCUCUUUACCAAAAAGUCUGAUCAAGAUUGGUUUUUGUAUCAACAAUUGUGCCUAAAACUUUUGGAGUUUUUAAAAACGCAAAACAAUUUUUUGGAUUUGAUAUGCAAGCAUUUCAGCACACCCGUCAUACCCGAUCUUAUUAUGGAGAUGAUGCGUAAUGUUGAGGGUGCUCAAUUAAAGAGGAGCUUGUAUGAGUGGCUAAAUGAAGAAAGACUGGUUGAGAAACUUAUCGACAUCAUUGGUGAUCCCGAACAAUGUGAGAAGCAUGCAAAUGUUGCUGAAUUCCUCUGUGAUCUUAUACAACAGGGACGCACCAUGCGUCAAAGUGAUCAAGAAAAUGAUAGUUUUGAACCGAUUUUUGAAGGUUCCAAUCCUAUAUUGAAAAAUAUCGAAAGUGCAACCACUUUAUUUGCCUUGUUUAAUGUGAUCCUUCAACCAAAUGCUCUUGAAAGUGCUAUUGUAUCUGGCAUAACGGUUGUACUUAAAAUUAUUCGACGAGUAAUAAUAGAUGAACGUAUAACAGACCGUUUGCACUUUUUACAAGAUCGUGAAAAGGAAAUUCACAAUGAGUUAUUAUCGACUGUGAUCCGUGUUAUUGAACCUCAGCUUAAGCACUUCAAUGAAUUACUUAGAAACCCGCCAAAAAAAGCCGAUAUUGUCAUAUCAGCCGGUGUACUAUCGCCUCCCUUUGGUAUGACACGCUUGCAAAUUUGCCGUCUAUUUACAGUAUUACUGCAGACUAGUAAUGAAGAGAUUUGUAAAGCCAUUUGUGAAACAGAUUUCUUUGAUAUACUGUUAACAUUAUUCAGAGAAUAUCGCUGGAAUAAUUUCUUGCACACUGAAGUGGAAAAAUGUCUUCAUACAAUUUUUUAUAAUUCCUCACCAAAUAAUGCCAAUAACAAUGCAACUCAACCGACUAGUAAUAAUAGUCCAAAAAAUGCGGACAUUAAAUUCCUAGAUGAUUUUAUGGAAUCUUUAAAGACAAACGAACCGGAAUUAUCGAAUGCCAGUAAAGAACACAUAAGAACUCAUCUUAUUGUUAAUUGCCAAGUGGUUUCAAGGCUAAUCGAGUGCUGGAAAAUAAACAAAGAAAUUGAGUCUGCAGAAAAAGGUCGUCGCCUUGGUUAUAUGGGACAUUUAAUAAAAAUCUUCAAACAUAUUACAAGCUGUAUAUCAGAAUCGGAACAUAUCGGUGCCUUAAUCGAAAAUAAUCUUAAAGAUGAUGCUGAACGUGAGCUAUGGCAAUCUAUUGUAAAUAGCACAGAUGGUGAACUGACGCAAGCCUUGAAAACUCAAAGUAAACUAUUGGCCAAUUGUGAAGCCUGUGAUUAUGAUAUUUCCUUGGAUUUCUUGACCGAUAAUGAUUUUUCGGGUGCUUUUAAUACCCAAUGCGCCAUUACGGAUGCCAUGGACACAUUUGGUCGCAGCAAUGAUGAUGACGAGGAUGAUGACGAUGAGAAUAACGCAGCUGGUGAUGUGCUCUCCUUCGACGCCAAUCCAUUGUCAAAACUAAAAUCAUUUAGCGUGACCAGUAAUCCAUGGGACACGAACGAUGAUUUUGAUGUCUUCAAGUCAGCCAGCAGUUCGAUGACAUGGGCUCCCGAGUGCACCACCAGUACGGCGGAUAAUUUUGCUGACUUUGAUGCCCAUUUUAGUUCCUUUUCCAAUGAUAUGGGUGAAACGUUGGCAGGGACAAUUUCAUCGAUGAUAAAUGACAACAAUACGGCAGCUAAUGAUGUUGUUGUCAAUUCAAGGUCAACGGAAGACAAUACAAACACAGCGUCGUCGGCGACGGCGGCGGCGACAACAUCUGAGGAAUAUGAUAACAAUGCAAAUGUAGAGAAAUUAUCAUGGUCCGGGGAACUGUUAUCAUUCCACUCGAGGCAAUCGUUUAUCGAUGAUUAUGAAGAUGAUGAAGGAAUGUGGACAAAGCCAUUGGGUGCAUCGGCAUUGAACAAUGCAGAAAAUGAGCCUGAAGAAAAAACCGAUAAUGAUGAUGAGACUAAAUCUGCGCUCACAAAUGGCCCGACCAAGAGUCCGGAUGAAAUGGAAAAAGAAGAUAAAUCAGUGGAAAAAGAGCAGGAAGAGGAAACGACGACGCUAACUAAGCAACUGAAUAAUGUAGAGGUUGUUGAACAGCCUACUACCGAAAAGCAGGAUGGCAAUAAUACAAACCUAGAGGAGAAUGAAGAAAUCAAACAAAAAGAAACGGAUGUGGAAGAGAAAAAUAAUAUAAUCAACAAUGAAGAUGAUACAAUAAAUAAGCACAAAUCAACAAUAGAGGCAGAUAACAAUACUGAUAUUAAGGAUAAUAAAACUGCGGUAAUUGCCGGCGAAACGGACAAUACUGCUGCCACAGCAAUUACGACAACAACAACAACAAGUACUCCUAUUGCAGACGAUACUACAACGUAAAUGGGUGUCUAUCGUGCAUUUCAAUGAGAUUUGUAAACAUAAACAAAAUUUAUGUAAAUGAUGAUGUAAAGCAACAUAUAUGCAAAUGCGAAAAAAAAGAACAACCACACACACACAAUAUAAAUGUCACUAUGUCGCACAUUUCAGAACAUUUCGAUACCAUACAUUCUUCUUUCCAAACACUUUUAGUUAGUUUUUUUUUAAAAAGAUCCCCCUACUUUCCUCAAGACCAAAAACAAAAAACAAAUGAAAACAAUUUCCAAAAUAUGUAUUUGUUGGUGAUUCGAUUUCAACCACCUUUACAUAGGUAAGGCAUUCAUAAUGUUGUUGAUGAGACUUGAAAUCAAAGAUAAAAUAGCUGAGGUUGAAGACAUGUUUGUUUACCCCUACAUGUUGUUGUCCUGUAGUUAGAUUUGUGUUUAAAACAAAAAAAUAUAUCUUUUCAUGUAUGAUGAGAGUAAAAUAAACGAAAAACAAACAAAUGUACGUUUAGUUGUGUCCAUAUAUUUAUAUAUAGAAAUAUCCUUUUUCUUCCUAGCAUUUCCAAAAAACCCUCCCUGCCUUCCCUUUCCAAAACACACACAAUACAUUUCACUGCAAUUAGAUGUGAAAGAAGAUGCAACAACAAUAAUUAAUGUAGCAUUAUACAACAAUUAAUUAUAAUCAAUUAGGCUCGUAGUACAUUAAACAAAUUGUGUAUUAAUUGCCCGCCCAAAGCGUAUUUAAUUGAAAAACAAGAAACAAAGAAAAACAAA